AUGUUUAGUGGUCGUAGGAAAUCAGCUACUGUCCUGGUCGAGGAGGCGUCCUUCGCCAAUGACAUCCAAUCUUCGUCGGCCGAGUAUAAACACCGGAUGCAAUUGGAGACAUAUCAACGAGAUCCCGUCAAAGCAGCAGCAGCAUCGCGACUGGCGGAGCGGCAGAGAACUCCUUCGUUCAAUCUGACUCCCUUCGACCCGGUGGAUAGCGAUGAUAGCGGCAAGCUGAAGCGUUCUCAAGCGCCCGCAUAUCAUCUUUUGCGCCUAAGGAUCUUGACCUCAUGGCGGCAGAUCCUUGGCGUCCUGGGACUAGCCGGCGCUCUGGUCCUAGUGUUGCAGAUUCUUGCCGCGCCUGCAGACAAUAUUGCUGAAUGGAAUCAGUGGCCCCAAGAACCCAAAACCGAGCCGUCCAUACGAGUCAAUCGUAAAAUCUCAGCAAAGGCUAGAUCUCGAGAUGGAGCUUCUACUCUGGGCGACCAUAAGAUAGCCAAUGGUAUACUGCAAGUUAAUCCCGAUAGUACCGUACAUCCUCUUCGUGUCUUGGUACAAUCUGCUCAAGAACAGUGGGAUGAAAAAGUUGCUAGGCAGAGCAAAACGUUGCAUGAGGCGGUGAAAGAAUACAAAAGGCGGUAUCAUCAGAAUCCACCGCAAGGGUUUGACAAGUGGUGGGCUUUUACAGUUGAAAACAAUGUUCAUUUGCCUGAUGAAUACGACCAAAUCUAUCGCGAUCUCGCUCCCUUCUACUCAGUCUCACCUGCAAAGUUGAAUCAUCGUAUCAAAGAAGCUGCCAAAUCUCUACGAACAUUCACUUUAGAAAUUUCCGAAGGUCAUGUUACUUCCCAUCAUGUGUAUGACAGUAAAGUCGUAGAGUCGGGCGAAGAACGGCCCAAGCAUCAAAUCGCCCUGAUUCAACCCAUAGCCCAACAUCUUCCAGAUAUGACCAUUGUCAUGUCGGAGGGAUUCAUCGACGAUGAUAUCGAUCCCGACGCCGUCAACGGAUACCCCUGGGCCUGUCCGAUCUCGUCUCCUUUGUUCAAUUCUGCUCGUUACAACAAAGCCAAUCACAAGGAUGGACUGAGUGCAAUCGAUGGGAAAUCAUUUGUAGCGGAUAUCAGAGAAUACAUGAACAUUUGCAACCACCCGGAACUAAUGGAGCAACAUGGUUUGCUUAUAGGCAAAAAUCCGCAAAUGCAAAGCCCUAGUCCUGUCAUCUCUCUCAGUAAAACCGCUCUUCAUGCCGAUAUUCUGGGAAUUCCCACCGAGCAAUGGGUAGAAGGGGGCCCAGUUCCCGCUUGGCAGGAUAGAAAACAAGACAAGGUGUUAUGGAGAGGGUCCAACACUGCCAUGCAUUAUGACGAGACUGUUUCCUGGAGAGGGAGUCAGCGUGUCCGGCUCAUCAACAUGACCAACCAUAUUGGUGCUGGUGAGCUCGUGACUCUUUCCCCUGAUCAAGGGAAAAAGACUUUAAGGGAAUCAGCGAAGUCAAAUACGUGGCCAGCGGCAAAUGCAGAACAGAUGGACGUGAAGUUCACUGGCAAGCCUCUUCAGUGCGACAAGAACGAUGGUACAUGUGAACGAAUAGCUCGCGACUACGCGUUUGCCCAUGGAAGAAUGGGUCAUGAAGAAGCUCUGGCAUAUAAAUAUGUGAUCGAUGUAGACGGUAACGCAUGGUCUGCGCGAUUUAACCGAUUAUUAACCUCCGGUUCGCUGAUUUUCAAAGCCACAAUCAUGCCGGAAUGGUAUACUGAUCGGAUACAACCAUGGAUUCAUUAUGUACCGAUCAAGAUGGACUUUUCGGACCUCUACGAUGCGGUUGCGUUCUUCCGACCUAGCUCGACGAAUCCUGCAGCAGAAGACGCACUUGCGGAAAAGAUUGCAUCGGCUGGUCGACAAUGGGCACUGACGCAUUGGCGACGUGAAGACAUGACCGCCUACAUGUUCAGGUUAUACCUUGAGUGGGCAAGACUCAUAUCGUCUGACCGAAAAUCGAAAGAUUUUGUUUAUUCACCGGAUAUGGAGAUGAGGCGCCAUUAG